AUGAGUCCGUCAGUAUACAAAAGAAAACCAAAUAGUAAACCAAGAGGCGUUUGGUCCGAAGCUGAUCUAAGAAAUGCAGUUCACGACAUUGGCGAAGGCACUGGGGUAAAUGCAGCGGCGAAGCAGUUUGGCAUUCCUAAAACAACCUUAAAACGGCGUCUAAAACGUAAAAGUUUUACAGUUGAAAAUCGUUUAGGACCAUCUUCAUCCUUAGGCAGUGAGGCAGAAACAAAGUUGGCCCGACACAUUAUUAAACUACAAAGAAAUGGCUUUUGUCCAACAAGGACUGAAGUUCGUGCAAAUGCCUUCGAAUUGGCUGAAAAAUUGAAGAUUCCGCAUAAGUUUAAUAAAGGGACUAGAUUAGCAGGAAUGGAUUGGCUCAGAUCAUAUUUGAGACGAAAUCCUGAAAUUAGAGUAAGAAAGGCUGAGGGUGUGUCAACUGCCAGAACCCUUGGACUAUCAAAAACUGUAGUUAAAAAUUAUUUUGAGCUACUUGAAAAUUUAAUGAGAAGUAAUGAUCUGUUUGACAAACCGGGGCGCGUUUUUAAUGUAGAUGAAACGGGCUUACAGCUUAACAAUAAACCUGGUCAUGUUUUGGCACAGCGUGGAUCAAAAAGUGUAUCUGUUGUAACAUCAGGGGAAAAGGGCGAGACUAUCUCAGUAAUUGCCUGUUGCAAUGCAGAAGGGAGCUUCCUUCCACCUUAUUGCAUUUUUAAGGGGGAAAAUAAGAAAGAUGAAUUUGCAGAUAGGAUGCCCCCAGCAUCAGAAGUUGUGAUGUCCCAAAAGUCGGCUUAUGUAAAUUUGCAAAUUUUCCAGAAUUGGAUUAAAGAUCAUUUCCCCAGAAAACCUCAUGGCAAAGUUUUAUUAGUGUUGGAUGGGCACACGUCACACACAGCAUCAGUAGAAACGUUAGAAUUUUGUGAACAGAAUGAUAUUAUUCUAUUAAGCCUUCCAAGUCAUACUACACAUUAUUUACAGCCUUUGGACGGGUCGUUUUUUAAAUCAUUAAAAACAUUUUAUUAUGCAGACUGCAAUUCUUAUAUGAGAAGCAAUCCUGGUAGACGAAUUACAAGAUUAAACUUCGGGGCUUUAUUAGGUUCUUCCUGGGCAAGAGCAGCAACAGUGCAAAAUGCUGCUUCGGGAUUUAAAGCAACUGGUAUUAUGCCAUUCAAUCCAGGCGAGAUUCCUGAUUAUGCGUUCCUAAGCGAUGUUGAAAGAACUGAUGACACUAAUAACUCUCCAAUUAAUUCUCCAAGUAAUUCUUCUCGUAAUUCUCCAAACAGUCAGAUCGAAUUGGUUGAAGAAGAGAUUGAAAAUAUAAAUUUACCAAGCACUAGUGGUUUACAUUUGAAGUCAAAAAGGAAAGAUCCCAAAAAAAGGAAUAUCGAAGAAAAUUAUUCGUUGGUAAACAAGAACACCACACCAAAAAAAAAUGUGUACUCGAACUAUAUUGCCUCCAGAAUCUAA